AUGGCGCGGCAUUUUACCAAUCUCGAUUAUCAAGCUGAGGUCGACCUCCUCACUCGAUUGGGUACGCGCCUGACUGGGAGCGACCAGCACCAGGAGCUCGUGAACCAUCUUGAGACGCGUUUGAAGGACAUGGGGUAUGAGGUCCAUUCAGAUGAAUUUUCCUUCAAGUACAUGCCGCCUUUUACCAGCCCACCAAAUCUUGUCGUGGAUGAGCUUCCAAUCGACAUCUCCUCCGUCUUCCCUUAUAGUGGCUUCACAUCACCAGAGGGAAUAUCUGGCCAGCUGGUGAAGUUGCGUGGGACAUUAUCGCCCUGGUCUUCCGCCCGAGGCAAUAUUGCUGUCGUGGAAAUCAGUAACCCGAGUAUCUCAUUUGGGGCAAUAAUCAAGGUGUGGGAGGGGUCGCAGCCUUGGGGCCUGCAAAACAAUCCUCUGCUUCCUGCAACCAUUGCCGGCGCUUCUAUCGCCAAGGCCAAAGCAAGCGGCGUUCAGGCGGUGAUUUUUGCCUGGGAUGGAACCAUAUCGCCCGCUGCUGCUGUCAAUCAGUACCUUCCUUUUACCUUUGAUUACCAAAACAUACCUGUGGUAUUCACAGCAGGGAAUGCGAGCAGAAGAGUCAUCGAGGCGUCGGAGCAAGGUAAAACUGCAACAAUUGCAUUGCCGUCAGCCGGACUCGAAGAUACAUCUUCACGAACGAUUUGGGCAGUGUCGGAAGGCGAGAAAUGCGAUGAGACUAUCCUCGUCGUCACCCACACAGACGGCAUAAAUGUUGUCGAGGAAAAUGGCCAUAUUGGAGUGCUACAACUUGCACAAGAUGUCCUUGCGGCAAAGCCACAUCGCACGCACGUAUUCGUCUUCGUGUCCGGUCACAUGCGCAUCCCUUCUGUGACUGAACAUGGCCAGGCCACGACAAAAUGGCUGCAGGAUCAUCCCGAAUGGUGGCGAGGGGAACAUGGCGAGCGAAAGGCAAUUGCAGGGCUUGUUAUAGAGCAUCUUGGUGCUAUGGAAUAUAUUGAUGAUCCGGCCGAAGGAGUGCUCAAACGGACUGGUCGACCGAUGCGGGAGAUUUUGUAUGCCAACACGCAGGAACUCGCGACGCUAUUGAGUAACGAGUGGAACGGCAUGGAACUGGGACAGCCUUCUAUUUCGCAACCUUCGGCAUUCAUUCAGUUUGGGGAAGGUGAGCCACUGUCUCAACUGUCCAUUCCAAAUGUUGCAUUAGUGACGGCACCCAUGUACUUGCUCGCAGCAUGGGAGGGCGAUGAGAAUGAGUUAGUUGAUCUUGCGGGCAUGACAAGACAGAUAAACAGUUUCCGCAAGCUCCGUGAGCUAGCUGAGAAGAUGGAUGCAGAAGCAUUUGGUAUCCCCAUCAGAGCCAGCCCGAUUCAAUACGCUUUUCAGGGGUUAUCGUUGGCGAUGGCCGCGGGAAAAUCUUGGCUUGGACUGAAUCAGUAA